AUGAGCAGCCACCGGCCGGGGGUGACAGUGGGAGCGGCGAGUGAGAGCGUCUACUCGUUUGCAGAGGUGAACCGAAGGCUGUGGCGCCUGCCUACUGCCGGGUCAGCAGAUGGUAGCAGCGUUGGUGGAGCCGAGCCAGACUGGGCUGCGGUGCGCGAGUCGCUGGAGGAGGCGCCAGAGGAACGGAGCAGCGCUCUGGGACGAUACUUGCUGAGCUGGCUGAAUCCGUAUAUCGCGCUCGCGUGGCGGGAACAGCUGGAGGAGGCAUACAUGCCGCUUCCGCAGCGGGCGCACCGCGCCGUGUACUGUGGCGCACGGCUCAGCAGCGCGUUCCGCGAGGAGGUGCGCACUGGCCGCGACGCGUGGCGCGUGCGUGUGGAGGCUGCGCUGCCUGCUCAUCGUGGUGACGGCAACGACAUCGCGGGUGCUAGCGACAUUGGUGGUGACGACCACCACGGCGGCUGUGGCGGCGCACGCGUGGCUGUUGCGAACGAGCUGGCGCGCGUGGCAUUUCGCGGGGAAGGCGAUGUACGUGGUCGGCUGCGGUGGGUGGGGUACGUGCAGUCGAGUGACACACCGCACGAGCUUCUCGGAGGCGUGGAGUGGGACGCUGACAGCACACUGCCGCUUUACCGCGCACGACUGCAUGGCGAUGCGGCUGCUGAGGCUGUGCACGAUGGGUGCGUGCACAGCGAGCGUUUGUUUCACCAGGUACAGGCCGGGCGAGCGCGGUGCACGUGCGAGUACGUGCGGGAUCUGGUGCCCCUUUUAGUGAGUGGGAGCGCUGAUAUCGGGUGCCCGCUUAUGCCUCGCGCUCCGUCUCUGCUUUGGACUCUUCUCCGCACGUUUCGGUCCGACCUGAUGGCGAUGCUUCCGCCUUCAAUUGGGGCUUUGGUGUGCGAAGUGUCGACGCCGUGGCUGCUGCAGCAGUUUGUGCUGUUCUUGCAGUCCAACAAGGCGCUCGAGGGAGUGGGAAAGGGGCUCUUCUUCUUCUCGAUCUUUGUGGCCUUGAGGCUGGCUCAGCCAGCUCUUAUCAACAAGGCGAUGCACCGCGCUCGGCGUACGGCGAGCCUUUUCCGCACCUCAACACUUGCACUGAUCUUCGAGAAGUGUCUGACAGUGUCGCCGGAUGCGCUGUCGCGACCGGAUAUGAGCACUGGUCGUGUGUUGACGAUGGCGAGCUCUGACAUUGAGAACAUCAGAGAAUUUUCCAUGCAGGUGAUGUACCUGUGGUCGGCGCCGAUUAUGCUGACACUGUACGUUGUCUACCUCUUCGUUCUCGUUGGGUGGAGCGCUCUUGCUGCUGUUCUUGUUUUUGCCGUCUCACUGCCUGUGCAAGGCGGGCUGGCAAAUGUCAUGGGCGCCGCACAGGAAAGCCUGUCGAGCUGCACAGAUCAGCGCCUGCGUCGCACUAAUGAGCUGCUUUCUGGCAUCCGUGUCGUGAAGACGAUGGGAUGGGAGUCGAAGCUUGUCUCGGCGAUUGAAGAUAACGCACGGGCUGAUGAGUUGCGGUUUCGUCGAAGAGUGCAGAUGUGUCAGGUCGGGCUCUGGGGGUGCGUGUUUUCGACUCCGGCGUUGAUGGUCGCCGCUGUUCUCGCCACCUACACUCUCAGCGGGCACAAGCUGAACACAGCGGUUGUGCUCCCUCUAAUCGCAGUUGUUAGCGCUAUAACUUUCCCAGUCAUGAUGCUUCCGGAGGCGUUCACGUCGCUGACGAAGUUCAUUGUGUCGACAGGACGUAUUACGCAGUUCCUGGAGUGCGACGACUCGCACAUCAUCGUGGAGCACGCGGAGCGCGUGUUCACCAGAGCAGGGACUGGCGGCGCUUCCUUCAGGGACGCGCAAGCCCCGAGUGCCUCUUCAGUCGACGCCGCGAGGGUACUCGUGUCCGUGCCUGCCGCACUGCCCUUAUAUGAGCCCCGGCACAUGGGGCUGCGCUGCGUGGCGGAGAAGGUGCUGUGCGCGGUGCUGCGCCGCCGUGUGCCAGUGGAGCUGCAGUGGCGGAGGGCGGGUGCCUCUCCUGCCACGGGUGAAGGCGGUGAGGAACCUGCGCCUGCUGCCUUCGAGCACGAUGGCGCUGACGCGGCAGCUCCACAUGCUGAGGGAAAAGGCAGUGGCGAAGGUGGCGGCGCGUUGUACGCGCUAGAAGACAAGGCGCUGCUGCGUGACGUGCGCGUGUCGUUCCCGCGUGCGCAGCUGACGGUUGUGAUUGGCGCGACGGGGAGCGGGAAGUCUGUGCUGCUGGCGACGCUCCUAGGUGCGUUCCGGUUCGAGGGCCGCGUGAGCGUAGCGCAGUCAAUAGCGUACGUACCGCAGCAGCCAUGGGUCAUGCAGGAGACGGUGGAGGCGAAUAUCACGUUUUUUGAGGGCAAUCGCCGCGGUGCUCCAGGUGGCACUGCAGUCGGCGGCGGCGGCAGCCGUGCGUUCAAAGGUGACUCUGCGCAGGUCUUCUCGCCGCUGCGGUGUGCCACGCAAGCCGCUGCUCCUGGUGCUGCAUCGCGGUUAGCUUGCAGUCGUUCCCUGGUGAGCGAGCGGCUUGCGCGCGCUGUGCGCAGCUGCCAGCUGGAUGCGGAUUUGGCGCUGAUGGCACACGGACUGCAUACAGAGAUUGGUGAGCGCGGGAUCAACCUGAGCGGCGGGCAGAAGGCGCGCGUCAGCCUUGCGCGGGCCGUGUACGCGGACUGCGACAUGUACGUGCUGGAUGACCCGCUGUCCGCGUUGGACGCGCACGUUGGGCGGCGCGUGAUGGACGAGGUUGUGCUGCGCGCACUGGCUGGCAAGACGCGGGUGCUGGCCACGCACCAGCUGCAGGUGCUGCCGCACGCGGACCAGGUGGUAGUGUUAUGCGAGGGCCGCGUCGUGUUCGCAGGCGGCUACGCGGCGUAUGCUGCGUCGAAGUGGAGGGCGCCCAUGGAGCACGAGGAGGCCGCUGCUACUGUCGUAGCCACGAGCAAGAAGAGCGGAGGUGUCGAUAACCAGCCCCCUGAGACAGUUGGUGCUGCUGCGGCGAACAACGUGUUCAGUCCUACGGGAUCGCCUGUGUUGGGUGUGGAACCGUUGAGUGGCACGCCUGAGGAGCGUGACGACGUUCUGCUUGGCGGUGCUCAUGGCAGUAGCAGCAAAGAGGACGUUGAGUGGGAGGAGAAAGGUGGGGACGCUUUAUCGAAACAGUGCUGGCGUGACACACGGAUCUGUGAGGACUCAGAGGCGGCGAGGUGCAGCGGCAGUGGCUCUACGUUGUCAAAGGCUGUAGACCUCACACGUAGGUCUAGCGCUGCGUCGAGCACCGCGAAGGGUUCAUCAGGGCGGGCUGCGGAUGAGGAUGCAGCGGACGGCGGCGACCUGAUGACUGCGGAGGAGAAGGAGGCAGGGCACAUACCGUGGAGUGUGUACCGCGCCUACUUUAGCGCAGGAGGGGGUAUGUCUGUUGCAGUUCGAGUUGCACUGCAGUCCUUUGCUUGCGAAGUACUUUCGACUGGAUCCAGCGUCUGGCUGACGCUGUGGUCAGUGAACUACUUUGGUUCCCUCACUACCAACGAACAACUCGGUAUCUACCUCGGACUCGUCUUGGCGGUUGCUGUCGCGGCACCUGCCACGAAUCUGCUCAUAUUUCAGUUUGCUCGUCGCGCUGCCAGUCGCUUGCACGCCACACUCCUGUACACCGUAAGCGCAGCCACACUGACGUUUUUCGACCGCACGCCGUUGGGUCGCAUCGUCAACCGAUUCAGCAGGGACAUCUACGUCCUCGACGAUGAGCUGCCAGCGAAUGCUAUUCCCCUUUUGGAGAUUGGCGGAUACGUUAUGACAUCUUUGGCAGUGGCAUUGUAUACGUCGCCUUUUAGCAUUGCCGUGAUGGUGUGCGCGGCCUACGCUUUUACACGUUUACUGAAGCUCUACACGACGGUGGUGCGUGAAGUGCGGCGGCGUGGCAGCGUGGUGCAGUCUCCACUGUUCUCACUGUUGGAGGAGGUGAUCCACGGCCGUGCGACGAUCGCAUCGUACGACAAGUCGCACGUUCUGUUUCAGGAGGCGCUGUUGCGGCUGGAUCUGGUGUACAGCUGCACGUACGUGGAGAGGGUGGUGACAUUGUGGCUCGCUCUCCGGAUCAAGUACAUUGCGGCAUUGGUCAUCAUUGCUGUGGGUGUGAUUGGCGUCGCGGAGAAGCUACUAGAUGCAUCACCUACGAUGCCGGAGGCGCGUGUGGGUCUGAUCUCGCUGAGCCUCACCAUGUGCCUCGAUCUCAGCUGGUCACUAUCGGCAAUCCUAGACCUCGCUUCUGUUGUCGAGGCGAGCAUGAACAGUGCGCAACGCAUUUGCCACUACAUUGACUGCGUGCCAAGGGAAGCGCUGCUGUUGGCGCCGCGGGACGCGUGCGUGGGGCGAGCUGUGGCGGCGGGUGGAGGCAGCAGCAACGGAAGGGGCCGGAGCACCGGCCAUGCGAGUGACAUUUUCGUGGUUGCCGGCAGUGAUGAGGAAGAGGGCGCACCUCUGCGACCGCGUGGUGCUUUGAGGAGCGACCCCGGAGACGAGUUUGGCGCGCUUCGGUUAGAGAACGUGGACAUACGGUACAGGCCUGGGCUGCCACUUGUGCUGCGUGACGUGAGCUUUACGGUUGUACCUGGGCAGAAGGUGGGUGUAGUGGGGCGGACGGGAAGCGGGAAGUCAACGCUACUGCUUGCGCUGCUGCGGCUUGUGGAGGUGUGCAGUGGGCGGAUAGUUCUGUGCGGGCGCGACGCGCGAACGUACACGCUGCCCGCGCUACGGCGCCUGUUCUCGAUGAUUCCGCAGGAUCCCGUGCUGUUUGAGGGGACGAUCCGAAGCAACGUGGAUCCGUUCGGUGAUGCGACGGACGAGGAAGUGCGUGCUGCGCUGACGUCCGUGGGGUUUGUCGGGAUGAGCGGUGGCUGUGCCGCCACCUCUCCGACAGCUACUGAGUCUCCGACUGCGGCGUUUGGCGACAUGUCUGUGCUGAGCACUGUGGUGCAGGGGGGUGGGUCGAACUUCAGCGUUGGGCAACGUCAGCUGCUGUGUCUAGCGCGAGCGCUGCUGAAAAAGGGGAGCGCGUUCCUCCUGAUGGACGAGGCGACGGCGAACGUGGAUGCGCGGCUAGACCAGACGGUGCAGCGUGUUGUGGCAGAGCAGUUUGGCGCGUACACGGUAUUGACGAUUGCGCACCGGCUGCAUACUGUGGCAGCGUACGACGUUGUGCUGGUGAUGGCCGACGGGCGUGUCGUGGAAAUGGGGUCACCGCGGGCGCUGCUGGGGCAGCGCGGGUCCGUGUUCUACGGGAUGGUGGCGCAGAGUGCAGCGGUGGCUGCUUGCCCUGAGCAUGUGUCACGGGAGGAUGCCGAGAGUGUGGUCAGUGGUGCACGUUUGUGUGAUGCCGGUGAGGGAGGCGCUCUUCUCAGCGCGGCAGAGCGUGAGCGCCGCGUGGAGGCUGCGGUCGCGUCACUCCUGCAUCAGUGCAGGUGA